AUGGCUUUGGCCUUUGUGGCUCAGUCCGCGGCGUCGGUGGUAAUCGAGAAGCUGAUCGGCGCGGCCGUAUCCUUCGUGGGGGAGUGCGGCGCCGGGCUGAACGCCAUGCAGGACGAGAUCCAGAGGCUUCGUCAGGCUUUUCCACGGAUUCGAGCGAUCUUGACUUUCGUCGAGGAGGGGCAGACUGUCACUACGAAGCAAAACGAGGGUCUGGACGCCUGGCUGUGGCAACUCAGAGAUGCUGUCGAUCAGGCGGAGGAUGUGCUCGAUGAGAUGGAGUACUACGAGCUGGAGAAGGCAGUGCAAGCUGGAGAUAACAAAGUACGACAAGGUACUGAACUCAACUUAAAAUGGAAGUUUACUGAGUUUGCUGACAAUAUCUUUGGAAAUGACGACACCUUGAAGAGGUUGAGGGAGGCCGUGAAGGCGUUAGAUCAUGUUGCUGCUGGUAGUGAACCUUUACUUCAGCUUGUUACGCAGCUAUACAAUUCGGAUGUUAAGCGUCAACAGGAAGAUGAGAUACGAAAUGCCCGUGAGACUAGCUCCUUCUUAACUGAGGAUACAAUUUGCGGCCGGGACACGGAGAAGGAAAGGAUAGUUGAAUGGUUGACAAAACCGGCAAGCGAUGAGCCGGAGAAUAUUGCUUCAGCUUUUAUUAAGAUAAGGAUUCGAAUGGCUUUUGCGAUCGUUGGCAUGGGUGGGUUGGGAAAAACCACUCUCGCGCAGUUCAUCUACCACGAUAAAAAAGUGCGGCAGUGCUUCGACUUGGUUUUGUGGGUGUGUGUUUCGGAUCAAUUUGAUGUGGCUGUGUUGACAAGAAAGAUCUUGGAAGCGGCGAAUGUUCGGGAUAGCCUUGGCGACAAGACCCUUAAUACAAUUCAAGAGAUUCUUAAAGAAAAGCUGAUCUCCAAGAAGUUUCUUCUUGUACUAGAUGAUGUAUGGGCUGAUAAAAAAUUUCUUCAAUGGAAGAGCUUGGUGAGUCCUUUAAAAUUUGGACGACAUGGAAGUAAAAUUCUGUUGACAACUCGAAUGGAUUCAGUGGCGGACACGGUGGCCAGUGUUCUACGAUGUAAAAAAGAGUCUUUAACAUUAACUGGGUUAGAAAAAGUUGAUUUUAUGCGUCUUUUCAAUACGCAUGCAUUUGCUGGAACGAAUAUUGAUGAUCAUGGAAACUUAAAAUUGAUUGGUGAGCAAAUAGCAAAGAAGCUUGGGGGAUGCCCAUUGGCAGCAAAAAUUUUGGGCGGAUGUUUGAACUCUUGCAUGAAUGAAAAAUACUGGACAAGAAUUUUGAAUGAAAAUUUUCUAAAUUUGCAAGAAAGUGAGGACAACAUUAUGAUGAUUCUGAGAUUGAGCUAUCAUCGUCUGCCGACAAGCUUGCAAAUUUGCUUUAGAUACUGCAGUAUAUUUCCUAAGGAUCAUCUGUUUGGAAAGAAUGAGCUUGUCCGUAUGUGGAUAGGUUCUGGGUUAAUCAAGCAACCAAUGCAUGAAAAGCGAAGUUUAGAGGAUAUGGGAGAGGAGUAUUUAAACCAUCUGGCAAGGAAAUCCCUUUUUGAUAUCCAUCUAAGCCCGGGAUUUUAUGUCAUGCAUGAUCUGUUGCAUGAUCUAGCUCAGCUUGUCUCUUCAGGGGAAUGUUUGGGAAUUGAAGAUGAUGGUUCUAGAGAUAUUCCCGAAACAAUCCGCCACUUAUAUGUCACCAGGGAACCUGUCAACAAGGUAAACCCUCUUAUGAUCUCCCAUCUCAAGAACUUACGCACCCUUAUUAUUCAUUUAGCCGACAGUUUCUCUGUAGUAGAUUUUAAUAAGGUUCUAAAAGAUUUAAAAAGCUUACGCUUUCUAGAAGUGACUGCAGCUGACUAUAAGUUUCCAGAUGAAGUUGGUAAACUCAUUCACCUCCGCUACCUCUCCCUCUCUUCAUGGAGUGACAGAGAAAAUGAGAUAUCUAUUCUACCUCAAUCUGCGUGUAGACUCUAUCACCUAGAAGUAAUGCGGCUUCCGGCACUGACAAUAGAUGAUUCGACAUUGGAUGGAAUGAGCAAUCUCUAUAAAAAAAUAUAA